GACAGUCGGAGCUCUGCGCGCACCGGAGCAGACAGAAACCGGAGAAACAGCGUCGAGAGGGAGACAGCAGGACUCUGUUCAGUCCUUCAGGUGGAUCUAGAGGAUCACACAGUCCGGAUCCUGGUCCAGACCAGACCCCCUCAGCAGAUUACCGGUUAGUCAGUGCUCAAGGUGUUCCGGCUGGAUUAACUCUGAGAGGAGACGCACCAGAGUCCACAGCAACAAUCAGGAUUAUAAUUGUUUGAGGAGCUGCUGGUUGGUUCUCCUCAGACCUUCUCUGCACCGGGACCUGGACCUGGACCCGGACCUGGACCUGGACAGGCUGACAGCAGCGGACCGACUCCGUGUGGAGACACUUUGCUGAGGAGGGAAGAGAGAAUCGUGAGCAGAUAAAAUGCCUCUCGCUCAGAUCGCGGAGCCAUGGCCCACCAUGGAGCUGGUCCAGCUGGAGACCGAGAACGGACAGAGCACCGCUGAGGACGGAGUCACGCCUGCUGUCAAGGAAGAUGGAGAGAUCAAGGAGAUCAACAUCACCCACGUGGUCAAAGAGGGCUCGGAGAAGGCCGAUGCCUCCCAGUUUGAACUGCUCAAAGUGUUGGGACAGGGAUCCUUCGGCAAGGUGUUCCUGGUGCGGAAGGUGACUCCUCCUGAUGCCAACCAGCUGUAUGCCAUGAAGGUCCUCAAGAAGGCAACACUGAAAGUGAGAGACCGCGUGAGGACCAAGAUGGAGAGAGACAUCCUGGCCGACGUCAACCACCCGUUCGUUGUCAAACUGCAUUACGCGUUCCAGACUGAAGGGAAGCUCUACUUGAUCCUGGACUUCCUCAGAGGAGGAGAUCUCUUCACCAGACUCUCCAAAGAGGUGAUGUUCACAGAGGAGGAUGUGAAGUUUUAUCUAGCAGAGCUGGCGUUAGGCCUGGACCACCUCCACGGCCUGGGGAUCAUCUACAGGGACCUCAAACCUGAGAAUAUUCUCCUGGAUGAAGAGGGACACAUCAAACUCACAGAUUUCGGUCUUUGUAAAGAAGCCAUCGAUCAUGAGAAGAAGGCGUAUUCCUUCUGUGGUACUGUGGAGUACAUGGCUCCAGAGGUGGUGAACAGGCAGGGACACGACCACAGCGCCGACUGGUGGUCGUUCGGAGUACUGAUGUUUGAGAUGCUGACUGGAGCGCUGCCGUUUCAAGGGAAGGACCGCAAAGAAACCAUGAACCUGAUUCUGAAGGCCCGUCUGGGGAUGCCUCAGUUCCUGAGUGCCGAGGCCCAGUCUCUGCUCCGAGCUCUGUUCAAGAGGAACCCGUCCAACAGGCUGGGAUCUGGUGCUGACGGUGCCGAGGAGAUCAAACGCCACGGCUUCUUCUCCACCAUAGACUGGAACAAACUCUUCAGAAGAGAAAUGAAACCUCCCUUCAGACCGGCGGUGGCUCGUCCUGACGACACUUUCUACUUCGACUCGGAGUUCACCUCCCGCACCCCCAAAGACUCCCCCGGCGUGCCCCCCAGCGCCGGAGCCCACCAGCUCUUCAGAGGCUUCAGCUUCAUCGCCUCCACUCUGUUGGAUGAAGAAGGUUCGCUGGAGUCGGUGAAGCCCCCGCCCCACCCAGUGGUCCAGCAGCUACAUGGGAAGAACCUGCUGUUCAGCGACGGCUACGUCCUGAAGGAGGACAUCGGCAUGGGCUCCUUCUCCGUCUGCAAACGCUGCGUCCACAAAACCACCAACACAGAGUACGCCGUCAAGAUGAUUGAUAAGACCAGCACAGACCCGUCUGAAGAGAUCGAGAUCCUGCUGCGAUAUGGACAGCACCCCAACAUCAUCACACUGAAGGACGUGUAUGACAACGGGAAGCAGGUGUUCAUGGUGACGGAGCUGAUGCGUGGAGGAGAGCUGCUGGACCGAAUCCUCAAACAGAAGUUCUUCUCCGAGAGAGAGGCCAGCGCCGUGCUGCACACCAUCACCAGGACCGUCGAGUACCUGCACUCUCAGGGGGUGGUGCACAGAGACCUGAAGCCCAGUAACAUCCUGUAUGUGGACGAGUCGGGGAACCCCGAGUCCAUCAGGAUCUGUGACUUUGGUUUCGCCAAGCAGCUUCGUGCCAACAACGGGCUGCUGAUGACGCCCUGCUACACCGCCAACUUCGUGGCUCCUGAGGUGUUGAAGCGCCAGGGCUACGAUGAGGGAUGUGAUAUCUGGAGUCUGGGCGUUCUGCUCUACACCAUGCUGGCUGGGUUUACUCCGUUUGCCAACGGACCUGAGGACACGCCCAACGAGAUCCUGAACCGGAUAGGCAACGGGAGCUUCAGUCUGACUGGAGGAAACUGGGACACGGUGUCUGAGGCUGCCAAGGACCUUGUGUCCAAGAUGCUCCACGUGGACCCCCACCAGAGACUGACCGCCCGGCAGGUCCUCAAACACCCCUGGAUCGUCCAGAGAGACAAGCUGCCCAACAGCCAGCUGCCACACCAGGACCCCAAGCUGGUCAAGGGAGCGAUGGCGGCCACGUACUCUGCCCUGAAGAACUCCCAGCCCACUCCGGAGCUCAAACCCAUCGAGAGCUCCUUCUUAGCUCAGCGCCGCGUCAAGAAGCUGCCCUCCACCUCCCUGUAGAGACUCAGAACCUCCUCCUGGCUCCCACCACCCAGUCAGCUUCACGGGGAUCAGAGUCCCCUCGACCAGCCAAGGACUGUGGUCCCGCCCCCAUCACGCCUCAUCAGCUACCAUCCUCCUAUUGGCCGCCAGCUGCUGCUGCUGCUGGGCUCUGCUCCACCGGCUCAAAGAUCCUGGAGAUACAUGGAUGGAUGGAUGGAUGGGUGGAUGGAUGGAUGGAUAAUGGA